UCAGAAGUAAAAGAAAGCAGCUGUCAAUUCUAAAUGAUUGCUGGUUAACCUCAAAAUCGGACUGAUCAAAUGAAAUAUCAAAACAAAGUUUAUUAUUUCUAGUCAGCAAAAGAUAAAACAACCAAGCUAAUCAUGGCUGGGACGAUGUUCCGUUCCUUGUUCACUAAUUCUUUAACAUUUUAUAAAAGCAACACUUCGAAUUUGAGAAGCUUACACACUGCAACUGUGACCUAUGCCGCUCGUAAGGGUACCAGGGCGAAGGCCCGUGCUAAGAAGGUUAAGGUUGAAGUCACGAAAGUUGGCUUCAUACCACACAAUCAGAGAGGAAAAGAUAAGAAUGUUCAAUCAAAUGUCAGCAAGCAUCUAGAUGAUACAUUCAAGCCAAUCCCAAAAGAUAAUGUCUACCCACUCAAGUACUACCGUUGGAUAGUGUACACUGCUGAAGAUGCUGUAAAGGCUCACCAACAAACACAUCAUCCCUCCAUGUACAAUGUUCCCAAUGCAUUGGUAUCAGCACAGAUUGAAUUCAAUAUGGCUGCUGCAAAAAAGAAUCGUUUCAUGGACAGUUUCACGCGUCUCUCACUGCUACCUAACCUGUUCCCGCGUGAUGAAGAACGCACGAUAAUGGCAUUCUGUAAAGGCUCGGAGCUUAUCAAGGAGGCGACAGACGCAGGAGCUACUAUUGCCGGUGGAACUGACCUUAUUAAGAAAAUUCAGGAAGGUCAAAUCAAGCUUAGUGAUUACGACUAUGUGCUGGCGCAUCCGAAUAUCCUGACAGAUUUGGUGCCAAUCCGUGGUCUGAUGAAGAGGCGAUUCCCUAACCUGCGUGCUGGCACUUUAGACAAUAAGCUUGGAGAAUUGGUGAAGAAAUUUUCUGGAGGCGUCCAGUACAGAGUGCUGAAGGAUGAGCAUCAAGAAAACUAUGGAUUUGUUGAAGUUCCUAUUGGAAGGUUGAAUAUGGAUCCUAAACUUGUAGCAGAAAACCUGGAAGCUCUGCUUAAAGAUUUGCAGUCAGCACGACCGAAGCGUGAUGGUCUUUUUAUAACAAGGUGCUUGAUUGUCAGCCCACCGUCCCCGGAGAAGCUCAAGAUUGACCCAUUUGUUUAUGUAGACAAGACAUUGACUAAAGAAGUGCAAGAUGAUAGCGACGAUGAAGAAGCUGUCGCUGCCACCGCGUAAUAGUGUAAUAAGUGU